AUGUCCGCCUACCAAGCCAAUGGCAAGCCUUUGUCUCAGCAGGCUCUCUACCAGCAGAAAUUGAGACUGGGUGUCUACAACUCCCCUGGCCUCCCUUCUGUCGGUGUCAGCUCUUCUGCUUCAGACUCAGCUGCCCUUUUGGCUGCUUCCGCUGACUUGACUGUCAAGCCUUCCUACGAACGUUUGAGAGCUGCUCCUGAUGCUCAGACCGCUGCUUUGGCCGCCAGAACCGACUCCAUUACUUCGUGGCAGAGAAAGCUGACCGACCCAGACGCCGAUGCUGCUGCUGCCAACGCCAGAUACACUGAGCCUUCUCCCAAUUCCGAAGCCAGACCUGACUUGGGUCUCCCUGCUGCUUACAACAAGGGCAACGUUUACAAGCGUGCUUCCAGCAACUCCACUUACUCAAUGACGUCCAGAACCACCCCCGAGAAGUUGACCUCCAGACACGGCUUGGCUUCCGUGCCCAGAAGCACCCCCUCCGGCUCGCUCAACAUUGGUAAAAUCUCCCAGUUGGCUGACAAGAACUCGUCCAAGACUUUGAACGCAAGAUUCAACCCUGAAGUCGACCACCGUCAUGGCGUCAAGUCCCCACCAACUGAGUACUUGAACGAGGCCGAGGAGUCCGAGGCUGCCAACUCUGCUGCCGCUGCCUUAACCAUGAAGCACGGCGGUGGCUACACCAACUCUGUUUCUUCCCAGAAGAGAACCAAGGGCUUUGCAGCCGUUGAUGUUGUCGAUGCCACCUUGUUGGCUGCUGCCAGCAAGAAGGCCUCUGAAAGAUUGAACUCCCUUCAGGCCAUUGGUCAAACAGACUUGCGCUCUCAGGCUCAGCUCUACUCCAAGGCUUUGGUCGCCGCCCACAAGAACAGUGAAGAGAGAAUCAAGAACAACAAGGCUGGCUUGAUUGACCUCGGUGGUGGCUUGCAGCUUCCAUACAGUGAGAUUGACAAGAUGGCUGCCUUGAUUGUGGGCCCUGUUUUGUCCGACAUUGACAAGAAGGCUUCUGCUCAGAGAGACCACGAUGCCUCUGCAGCCGAGAAGCGUGCUGAGGCCCGUGCUGCUCACAAGAACUUCAAGCUCGAAGAAGCUGCUAGAAAGCAGAGAGAGAAGGAGUUGCAACAGAAGGAGCACCAAGAGAGAAUCACCUCUAACGAGAAGAGAAAGCGUGAGGAGGAUGACUUGUACACCGAGCACCAAAAGAAGAGACACGAAGAAGUUGAGGUCAAGACCCAAGAAUUGAAGGACUUGGAGGAGAAGUACGCUUCUGAAAAGGAAGAAUUAUUGCAAGAGAAGCAGCAGAACCAAGACGAAAUUGAUGAGGAAGAGACUGGUCUCAAGAACGAGCGCAAGGAAGAGUUAGAGCUGAUGCAAGCCGAGAGGGACGAGGAAAUUCAACCACUUCUCGACGAGUUGGAGGAAGAGAACUCCAAGUUGAAGGAAUUGACCGAUGAGAAGGAUCAGUUGACCAGUGAUAUUGAGGCUGCUGAGAAGGAGAAGGAGGAAUACGAAACCCAGAUUGCUGAGAUCGAGGCCAAGUUGGAGGAAAUCGAGAAAGACCACGAGCACUACACUACUGAGUUGGCUGACGCCACUACUAAGCGUGAGACUGCUGACAAGGAGGUCGAGGACCUCACGAAGACUCACGAGUCUGACUUGAAGCACCACAAGGAGGCUCACGACGACUUGGACAAGCGUAUCGGUGACUUGGAGAAGGAGAAGGAGCAGAAGACCAUCAGCAGAGAUGAGCACAAGAGAGAGAUCUUGAAGCACAUUGACGAGCAGGUCAAGGAUGAACACAACAUCAACAACGAGUUGCCAGAGCAUUUGCGUCUGGAGGUGAAGGAAGACAAGUUCCGUGACGUUGGUUCUCUCUUUGACUAUGAGCCAGUUGAGAAGAAGAGCCCAGCAGACCUCGCCAAGAAGAAGGCUUCUGAGAAGACCACCAAGGCUGAGGAAGAUGCUCAGGCUGCCGCUGAUGCUGUCAAGAAGGAGACCACCACUCCUGCCAAGGGUCCAGCAAAGGCUACCAAGAAGGAGGGAACUGACUUGAAGAAGACCGCUAGCGUCGAUUCAAAGGGCGCUCCAAAACGUAAGGGUCUUCGUUCCAGAUUCUCCAGCUUUGCAUCCUCAUUCAGAAGUGACUCCAGACCGGAGGUUCCAACCACGAAAUCCACAUCAGCGAAGAAGGAAACGAAGCCAGCUGCCGAGAAACACGAGAGAUCCUCGGACGUGAGCAAUUACGAGGAUGACCUUUCCAUCAAGGACAGUCACAAAAAGGGCGGAGUUUUCAAGGAGGAGAUUUGA